CACACACACACACUCCUCGCUCCUCACACUCCUCCCAGUGCUAGCCGCGGCAGCACGCCCUCUCUGCCUCCCUCCCGCUAGCGUGCGUCUCCCCGUGUGGUGCUAGCGAGCAGUACUGUCUCUCUCCUACACCCUCGUAGCUGGCCCGCGCAUGUACCCGCGCCCCGCCGUGUGGUGAAGUGAACAGCCGCCGCGUGCCGAGGUGUGACAUCCAGCGGCGUAGUAAAAGCAAACUCCUGGGAAAUUAGUGAAUGAAGAACGAGACGGAGUAUUCUGACAGUUAACACGACCACUGCCACUACGACUGCCACGACCACCAGGAGUGUGAGACGCCGCAGGGCACGACCAAGGGAGCCUGUGCACUAUGAGGCAUUGGUGUUCAGUCUCCCAACGCAGAGCUAAUGACGUGACUGUUGUGAAAUAUCCUUCGUUCAUUCCUUCGUUUAUUCUCCUCCUCCUUACCGUGCUCCAUCCUUCCCGUGCCUACUGAUACUGUCACUGGUGAGUCCUGCGGCGCCUCCACCACCAUGUCGAAAUCCUGCCUAGCGACGCUCCUGCUCCUGCUGCUCCUUCACCUGCUCUGCCCAGUCACCUCCAGGCCUCAGGUUGAGGAGUCGUUGUCCCUUGCAGUGGGAGGAGCGCAGGAGGAAGGACAGCUCACACGUCGCCCACAGGAUCCCCUCCGUUGGAUCUGGCUGGAUGGCACGUCUUUAUCCUUGGAAUGGCCAGCGCGUUUCUCCCUCUCCAUCAACGGCGCCGUCACCGCCUACAGCCUCUCCCUCACCCAACCACACCAGAGCCGCCCCUUCCUUACCACCACCAUGUUCCACGCCGCCACCCUCCGCCACCAGUUCGAGGGUCUGCGGAGUAACAUGACCUACGAGGGAAGGCUGAUGGCUCUGGUCGGGCCCCACCACUGGCCCUACACGCUGCUCAACUUCACCGUCACCUCCCCGACUCUCCUCACAGGUCUGAGUCUUGGCCAGCGAGCUCACCCUAACCGCCCACGCAGCAGCACGGCAGAUCUGGACGCCAUCACUGUCUCCGUCACCCUUCGCUGGUCUUCCACGCCGUUCCUGAAAGGCAACACAGAUGGCGAGAUAGUGCAGCCGACUGGGUACCGCCUGCGUGUGUGGGACCAGAAGAAACUUGUUACUCAGAUCAUCAUCGAGGCUUCACCACACUCCCAGGACUGCGAGGCGGCGGUGGGGGCCUUGGAACUGGACUCUGUGUACAAGGCGACUCUGGAUGCUAUUCUGCCGGACGGGGAACCUGGCGUCUCUCUCACUUUCAGUUUGGACGCCGGGGCGCUGCACGUGGCGGGCGGGGGACUCACGACGGACGGGGUAUCGGAGUGCUACUCGAGCCUUCAGGUGCGGUGUCCGGGCUCAGAGCGCUGCGUCUCCCCGUACUGGAUUUGUGACAGCGCUCCGGACUGCCCUGAUGGUGUAGACGAGUUAGGCUGUGACACGACCCUCUGUGACGGCUUCCAGUGCUGGGAAGACGUGUGUAUCCCCUGGGCGUGGCGUUGUGACGGCCAGCCAGACUGUAAAGGUGGUGACGACGAGUACGCCUGCCCCUCCUGUGAGGAAGGGGAACUACAGUGCCCUUGGGGCGGCCCGUGCCUGCAGCGAAACGCCACGUGUGAUGGCGUUGAUCACUGCAGAGAUGGAUGGGAUGAGUCAGUUGCCCUGUGCGGGUCAGUGACGUGCAAGCCUGGGGAACUCCAGUGCCUGGGCGGCAGUCGCUGCGUGCCGCACGACUGGUUGUGUGACGGAGUGUCGGACUGUCCCGCCGCCGAGGACGAGGAUGCCACAUUCUGUUCUGCCUUCAAUACAUUCAAGAACAACUUGGUCUUUAACUCCACAAACGAGAGUCCUUCCCCCUGCGAGGAGAGAGAAGCUCCGAAAAAAGUUAAUUGUACAAAUGAGGAAUUUCGAUGCGACACCAGCAAGUGCAUCCUUCGAGAAUACCUGUGUGACGGCGUGCGUGACUGCGAGAGCGGUAGAGACGAGUUACCCGAGUCCUGCAGCCUCGCCCCGACCCAACCAGCCAAAGCUCCCAAGUUCAGGUUUGACUCAGAGGAAGAUCUCAGCGAUGCAGACCAACACGUGGAUAUAAAUCAACAGAUGUUCCAUAAUGAAGAGACGGAAUGCAACGAAGAGGAUGGAGAUCUGUGUAGGAAUGUGGACACUCAGCUAAUAAACACUCACACUCUAGGAGAGGAACACAGCACAACGACAGACCGCAGUCAAGCACACACUGAGACAACCUCCACAACACAGAAACCAGAACCGGAGUUUGAUUACGACAACAGUAUAGAGGAUGACGAUUUUAUGCCUGAUGUGAAAACCUCUCCCCAAACCACCACCACCACCACCACUACUACUACUACCACUACCCUUACCACCACCAGCACCACCACGACGCCCAAGACGCCAUUCGUGAGCAUCAUUGAGGCCAACAUGACAGACGUUGGAGGAAAUGAAAUUGACAUCGACUUUAUUGAAUUCAGUGACACGAAGUCGUUGGAUGAAGACAAUGAUGUGGCAAAUAAGACCCAAAGCGGGGACAGUGUCAACGUGGAAGUCUUGGUGGAGGAAGAGGAGGUGAAGAAGAUGGAAAAUGAGGAGAAACCUUCCUUACUUCAACCAGAAUCAGGCCUCAACCUUUCCAGCAGCGAGGAAUACGAUGACGAGGAGAGUUACAUCCCCGAUAUUGAGAUAGACAACCUCUCACCACACGACUCCGGGAAUGUGAGCGAUACAGGACAUGGCGGCGAGGAGGAAGGCUUCACGCAGGCCACCAACGAAACGACCCUCCAGAAGCCCGAUGUCUUGAUUCAGGAGGUGAACAGCAAAGAGAUAAUAUCCUCUGAGGAAAGCGACGCCAGUGAGAAGAAGAACGCCACCGUGGCCUUCCUUCCCCAACCAAACACGACGACAGAGGGACCAGUGGAGGCGAGCACUGAACAAGACGACUCCAUGGUUUCUGAGGAAGAUAACGUUAUUCUCGUUGCCAGCGAGGGACCGGUAACUGUCCAGAUGGUCUCCACGAGCGAGGAGACUACAGGAACAGAGGCCACGGUGAUUAACGUGACGCUUCCUCUCCUGCCGGAUGACACCACCACCACAGUCAGCUCUCUCACCACCAUCACCACUACCAGCAGCAACACCACCACCACACAAGAGUCAUUGCUGCCUGAUGUUCCUGCCACUGAGGGCGCAACUGCCACUCCAUUGUCCAUUCCUGACCUCACGCCAACACCUGAGGCCACGCACCUGGAGAACAUCUCUCUGCCCACAACACCCAGUGGAAAUGUAGCUCCUGAAGGUGAUAUGACUCCCGAAGAAGGUUCUCUUCCUGGCGAUAUGACCUCCCCCAAUCCUGUUAUUGCGGUGGAAAGUGAUACCACCACUGCAACAUCCACUACCACCACUACCGCCACCGCCUUAACCACCUCUCCUUCCAUGCCUACCACUACCACCCCCAUCGUAGCCACCACAGACAAACCCGAGGCAGCAACACCAACAACAACACAGGAAACGACGACCUCCACUAUUCUGUCUACUUCAACCACAGACCAACCAGCACCAUCCACGACCACACCUUCGUUCUCCACCACCACCCAGCCCACCACGGAAUCAUCGAUCAUCGAAAUGGGACAAAAGAACCUCACUAUUCUGAUCGCUAUUCGUGCUGGUAUGAACGAGACAGAGAUUCCACAGUACACGAUUCACGGCGCUGACGGGAACACGUACCAGUAUGAGAUCGUGAGUAUCGUGAAGGAGGAAGGACCGCGGGAAGAAAACCGGCCAGACUUAACUCUUCUGGAGGAAGAAGAAGAGAUGACUAAUGAAAUACGAGGGGAUGGGAGUCACCAGUUCCUUCAAGGGAUACACAUCUCAUCCGCUACAAGGUCUUCAUCACAUGUCUCUUCCUUCUUCGUCCUCUUGCUUGUUUCUUUCCUUGUCACUGUCGUCGGUUUCGAUGUCAAGUGAACACAGUGAAUUCCUCAUAUUUUAUUACCGCUGCCAAACACUUUGCGAUAUUCAGUCACUUAGAAUAUCUCGGACUCUUCAAAUUUGGGUAGUGACUUGGGAAAGCAUCAGCUGGUUUGCUAACUCGCCCCUGGCCGUGCCCUUCCUUUCACAUGAACCUCGAGGCAACGUAACACAAUAUUCAUAGUGAGUAAGGCGAAGAGAGUAAAGAAACAAGUGAUUCCCGCGAGUGUCUUACUGUGGGACGAGUAAUCUCAGCCGAAGAGAUUGAAGAAAGUGGUUCCUUGUCUAGUAAACUGAAAUGAUCUUUGAGAAACAUUUGGUGUUGGAACUUUAUAAGUACGAGCGAAUAAGAAAAAAAGUGCAGCUGGUUUGUGCAGACUUUCGAGUAUAAUGAGACAAAUGAGAUUGGUGAGCUGGCAACUUUCGCCGUAGUGAGGCACUAUUAUGUUCAUACGUUUGGGAGUGAGUCAUGAAAGUUGGGACCAAAGAAAGAAUUUGUGUUGAAAUGCGAGAAGGAAUGACCUGAAAUUUCACUGUGUGCAGACUGGAAAAAAAAAAAUCAAUGAAAUAAAAGAUGAAAGCAGAACAAUUACCUAAAAUUUAAUGUGAACUACUAUAGAAUCUUACAUGUUAGUGCUGAAUAAAGGGUGACUGAAACUUGAUUAAAUGAGAGCUAAUAAAGAAAGAAAGAUCAGAUAAGAGCAGAGAAGUCGGCCGAAAUAUUUUGUGAGCUAUAACCUAACAAUAGAGACUGAAACUUGAUUGAGUGAAGACAGAAAGAAAAAAAAUAAAUAAAUAAAAGCAUACUAAAAAGUGAGAAGUCACCCGAAACAUGAACAAAACUCUGAUAUGUCAAAGUGCUGAUAUGAAAAUUCUCAAUGAAGUCACAGUGUCACGAGGGAAUCAGAGUGACCAACCAACAUAGUCUUGUCGUAGAGUCAUCAAAGAUCCACAUUUCUCAGAUAUUUUACGAUCUAAGUGUUCUUUUUGACGUCUCGCAUGAAUAUAUAUAAAUGUACAUGUAAUACCUUAGAGGAGUAUGGACAGGUGGGCCGCGCGACACACCCACAGCCAUCGGGAGAAGGAGAGUCAGUGAGCAGUGGUCUGCCCUUCGUCGUUGUCCUGCGACGUCUAUUGGUGCUCUUGUCUUUUAAAUUACUGAUGAUAGAGAAGCGCUGGUGGUCGUGUGUGUGUGUGUGUGUGUGUGUGUGUGUGUGUGUGUGUGUGUGUGUGUGUGUGUGUGAGAGAGAGAGAGAGAGAGAUUCCUGGUAUAUUCCUGGCCCAGCGUAGCGCCUCACCACCUCUCCCUCAGCCUCACCUUCAGCCUCCAGGAAGAAGCAAGUUGUCGCCUCUCACUCUCUUCGUAGAUGGGAUAUGAAAAAAUAAGUAUAUGCUCCUCUUCUGGGAGUUUUCUGACUAGUACCUGUUAUUGGGAUCAAGGAGUGAUGGCGCCGUUGCUGCUCCUCUGCUUCCACUCCACCAACAUGCGGUGGCUGUGGUGCUGAGGGCGAGGCGUGAGGCAGGACUAAGGGACGCCUGUACUAGAGUUAAGGUGAAGGGUGUAAAGGAAUAAAGAUAGUGAUUUUCUAUAUGGAUCCUAGAGUUCCACUUAAAAUGCUACAUAAUUUUAUACUUCUAGAGAAAAAAAAAGUAUUUACAGUUACAUUGCCUUCUAACUAACUCAUUACCACGUUUACAAGACACAGGUAUAAACAUUCUCACCUCAGAUAUUUCUUUCAUAUAAAUGUAUAUCAUUCCUAGACUAAGCUUAUAUUUUUCUAGGCUUAUUUAUGGCGUAGUGUCGUCCUGUUCGCUAAGUUUACACACAAGGCCGGUGGAUCUUUCCGCCGGCUCCGAGGCCUCACCAGCCCUGCCAGGAAAGGACCGCGAUGUCCUCACAAAAUUUACGAUCAUAAUGAAACACCUCUGCGCCGCACCUCCACUACUUCCAAAAGUUACACGAGUUUUUGAGCUUGUUUUUGUAUGGUUGUACAGACAGAUUAACAAGGUUUCUGCACUAUUAACAGAAGAAACGCUUUUAAGAAACUAACUAAUCAUCUCUGUGAUCUUUAAGAAUAGUCGUGGUGGGAAUGCAGAGGGUUUUUUGAAGACGGGCUUUACUCAGAAAUGAGUGAAAUAGCACUGCAGUGUACCCCAGGGACCAAGAGAAGGAGGAGGACCAGAGUGAAUAAGAGGCUGUCAGAGGCUUGCAACUGUGAACUUGUGCCCCGCCGUGCUCGCUCGUCCAAGCCCUCCUCGCCUCCCUCGCUCCCUCGGCCUCUGCACCACCACAUCCCCCACUCACCAACAGGUAAAUUUCUCUCAAACAAAUUCUCAAUAUUUUGAGGACUGGUCAGUAUAUUGCUCAUCUAGUAAUCUUUCGUUAUAAUAAACUGUACUGGAUGUA